CUUCGAUGAUAGCGCCAUUGCUAUCUCUACCCCUCCUUCCGUGACACUUCAGUAUUGCCAAGCAUAGAGCCCAUUCCCACAGGGAAGUUCAGUCCGCUUCUCCAGAACACCAACCCAACAUGGCUAUCAAAUCAGACGACAUCACCUGGUUCAUUGAAAAUGAUUUCCUGGGCACGGAAACACCCUUCCCUUCUGGGUCAGUGUGGAGGUUGGAAAGCAAAAUCAACGAACAUAGUUAUUAUGAGGAACGGUCUGAAUGUGAGGCUUUGGCCAUUCAAUCCGAGGCACGUGGGGUGUUCUCUUACUCGACGGUGUCGGGGAGUGGGCCACCGACAGCCGUCAUCAAGAGGCGUUUGCAUACCCCCUCUCUACUGUCCUGGAAGAAAGAGCAACAAACAAUCGAUGAAUGGGUCCCGGGAGGCUAUUAGCUGAGUAUCUUGAUGGAGAAGCUACCGGGGUCUGAGCCUGGCGUCAUGUUUUUUUUUUCGCGUCAGAUG